GAGCUGGGGAGCAUGGACCAAACCCCUCAGUGCUGGCACCAUGACACUCGCCCGCCUCGUGGUGGCUCUGGUUUUAGGGUCGCUCCCCAAAGUGACCAGCUUUGAGCCAGUCGUCAGGUAUCCCGGCCACCGCCUUCCGUCCUCUCUGAAUACCAAGGACUCUUACGUCCUUCCUGAAGCGCAGCAACCACUGAGGACGCCGCCACCGCUCCUGGUCCCGCGCUUCUCGCGACCCCCGCGGGCGCUCCCAGCCCGGCGCCUGCACGCCCCUCUCCAAGCUGGACACACGCCCCGGCCACGUCCCGGCGGCUGCCCCGCUGACCAGCCGUGGAUCAACGUGACGGAUUUCGGCGCCCCAUGUCUGCUGUGGGCAGAAGUGCCACCCUUCCUGGAGCGGUCGCCCCCCACGGGCUGGGCUCAGCUGCGAGGACAGCGCCACAACUUUUGCCGUAGUCUUGACAGCGCGGGAAGCCCCUGGUGCUUCUACCGGGACGCCCACGGCAAGGUGGACUGGGGCUACUGCGACUGCAGACAGGGAUCAGUACGACUUCAUGGAGGCAGAAAUGAAUUCGAAGGCACAGUGGAAGUGUAUGCAGGUGGAGCCUGGGGUGCCAUCUGUAGCAGCCACUGGGAUGAUUCUGAUGCAUCAGUCAUUUGUCACCAGCUGCAGCUGGGAGGAAAAGGAAUAGCCAAACAAACUUCAUUUUCUGUACUGGGCCUUAUUCCCGUUUAUUGGAGCAAUGUCCGUUGCCGUGGAGAUGAAGAAAAUAUACUGCUGUGUGAAAAAGACAUCUGGCAGGGUGGGCCGUGUCCUCAGAAGAUGGCAGCUGCUGUCACAUGCAGCUCUUACCAUGAUGCAGUGCUCCCUGUCAUUCGCCUGGUUGGUGGCAGCAGUGUGCAUGAAGGUCGUGUGGAGCUCUACCAUGCUGGCCAGUGGGGAACAGUCUGUGAUGACCAAUGGGAUGAUGCAGAUGCAGAAGUGGUCUGCAGGCAGCUGGGCCUCAGUGGCAUUGCCAAAGCAUGGAAUAAGGCGUAUUUUGGGGAAGGAUCUGGCCCAAUCAUGUUGGAUGAAGUACGCUGCACUGGAAAUGAGCUUUCUAUUGAACAAUGUCCAAAAAGAUCCUGGGGAGAGCAUAACUGUGGCCAUAAGGAAGAUGCUGGGGUGUCCUGUACUCCUCUGACAGAUGGCAUCAUCAGGCUUGCAGGUGGAAAAAGUAACCAAGAGGGUCGCCUGGAAGUGUAUUACAGGGCACAGUGGGGAACUGUCUGUGAUGAUGGCUGGACUGAGCUGAAUACAUACGUGGUGUGUCGGCAGCUGGGAUUUAAAUACGGCAAACAAGUUUCUGCAAACCAUUUGGAAGUAAGUGCGGGGCCCAUAUGGUUGGACGAUGUGAGCUGCUCGGGAAAGGAAAGCAGCCUGCUUCAGUGCUCCAGGAGGCAGUGGGGGAGACACGACUGCGGCCACCGGGAAGAUGUGGCUAUCGCCUGCUACCCUGGCAGCGAUGGACACAGACUGGCCCUGGGUUUUCCUAUCAGACUGAUGGAUGGAGAAAAUAAGAAAGAAGGGCGAGUGGAGGUUUUCAUCGGUGGCCAGUGGGGAACAAUUUGUGAUGACGGAUGGACUGAUAAGGAUGCCACUGUGAUCUGUCGACAGCUUGGCUACAAGGGGCCUGCAAGAGCCAGGACUAUGGCUUAUUUUGGGGAAGGAAAAGGACCCAUACACGUGGAUAAUGUGAAGUGCACAGGAAAUGAGAGGUCACUUGCUGACUGUAUCAAACAGGAUAUUGGAAAACAUAAUUGCCGCCACAGUGAAGAUGCGGGAGUUAUUUGUGAUUAUUUUAGCAAGAAAGCAUCAAGUAACAGUAAUAUAGAGUCUGUCUCAUCGGUUUGUGGUAUAAGAUUGUUGCACCGCCGGCAAAAGAGGAUCAUUGGUGGGAAAAAUUCUUUAAGGGGUGGCUGGCCUUGGCAAGUUUCCCUCCGACUGAAGUCAUCGCAUGGAGAUGGCAGGCUCCUUUGUGGGGCUACCCUCCUGAGCAGCUGCUGGGUCCUUACAGCAGCACACUGUUUCAAGAGGUACGGUAACAGCACCAGGAACUAUGCCGUCCGGGUUGGGGACUAUCAUACCCUGGUGCCAGAGGAAUUUGAAGAAGAAAUUGGAGUUCAGCAGAUUGUGAUCCACAGGGAGUACAAACCACACAGCAGUGACUAUGACAUUGCCCUAGUGCGGUUGCAAGGACCACAGGAGCAAUGUGUCAGAUUCAGCAGUCAUGUUUUGCCAGCCUGCUUGCCUUUCCGGAGAGAGAGACCACAGAAAACGGCCUCCAACUGUUACAUAACAGGAUGGGGAGACACAGGACGAGCCUAUUCCAGAACCCUGCAGCAAGCAGCCAUCCCGUUGCUUCCCAAGAGGUUUUGUGAAGAGCGGUAUAAGGGUCGCUUCACAGGGAGAAUGCUCUGUGCUGGAAACCUCCAGGAACACCAACGCGUGGACAGCUGCCAAGGAGACAGUGGCGGGCCCCUCAUGUGUGAACGCCCGGGGCAGAGCUGGGUGGUGUAUGGGGUCACCUCCUGGGGGCACGGCUGUGGAGCCAAGGAUUCUCCUGGUGUUUACACCAAAGUGUCAGCCUUUGUCCCUUGGAUAAAAAGUGUCACCCAACUGUAAUUCAUGGGAAACCUUGAAAGUAAAGACUAUCAGAAAACUUCCAGUCCUCAUUGCCAAUGCUGGGCGAGCUGACAGCUGCUGGGGACUUAACUGUCUCUGCUGUGUGCCAAGUGUGUACUCUGUGUGGCUUGGGAAUUUCUGAAGUUACUGAUCACAUACCUCAGCGUACUGGUUAUCAUAGCACUGUCUUCUGCCUACAUUAGUUAACACUAAAUUCUCAA